UCCGACAGUUAAUAUGAGGAGCCAGUCAAAACACAAGAAUCCCAUAACUUCCGGAAGGCAUGGCGUUGGCUUUGCCACCACUCAAUUUCAAACCCCACUGCUCCUCCUCCUCAUCUUCCUCCUCUUCUUCCACCAACUACCGACCUGCUGUCAUCCUUCCAGGGUUAGGGAAUAAUACUGGUGACUACAAGAAGUUGGAGUUGACCUUGCAAGAGUAUGGAGUACCUACUGUUGUUGCUAAGGUUUCAAGAAUUGAUUGGCUGAGGAAUGCAGCUGGCUUGGUGGACCCCAACUACUGGAAAGGCACUCUGCAGCCUAGGCCUGUUCUUGACUGGUAUUUGAAGAGGGUUGAUGAUGCAGUUCAAGAAGCAAAGGAAUUAGCACAGGGUGGGACAUUAUCAUUGAUUGGACACUCUGCUGGAGGAUGGCUAGCACGUGUUUACAUGGAAGAAUUUGGACUCUCUCACAUCUCCUUGCUUCUGACUCUUGGUACUCCCCACUUGCCUCCUCCGAAAGGUUUGCAAGGGGUCAUUGAUCAAACAAGGGGUCUACUAAAUUAUGUUGAAAAACACUGCAAAAAGGCUGUCUAUACACCUGAGCUGAAAUAUGUAUGUAUUGCAGGGAGGUAUCUUCAGGGAGCUCGCCUUGUUAGUGACUCAGAGCUGGAUGCUGAUUCUGUGGUUAGCAUCGAUCCUGCCCAACCAAUAUCAGAUGUUGCUGUUGUGAAAAAUAAGACUGAUUCAACCUCUGUUUCUACAAUCUUUCGUGCUCGCUUUGUUGGUCAAGGGUACAAGCAGGUUUGUGGACAGGCAGAUGUAUGGGGUGAUGGAGUUGUACCAGAAGUAUCAGCUCAUCUAGAAGGAGCACUCAACAUUAGCUUGGAUGGAGUCUACCACUCACCAGUUGGUUCAGAUGAUGUAUCAAGACCAUGGUAUGGUUCUCCCCCCGUUGUAGAGCAAUGGAUACAUCAUCUCCUCAACUAAUCAAGUCUAAGAUACUCAAAUGAUGAAGAAAAUGUCUAUUAAUAUAUAUUGAUUGCCAAUGGAGUUCUUGCUCCUAAUAUUUUUUCUGGCUACUUGCUAAUUUUAGAAAUUUGUCUUUUUUUUUUCUUUUUUUUUUUUUGGUUCUCUUCGUUUCCUCUAAAACCCUUGGUUUCUUCUUCCUCAUUGUUCUCCAUUGAACUUGAAGAGGCAAAAAGCAUCAAACAAUGACCCAUUCAUGGUUAAGCUGUUUAAUUUGAUUCGAAAUACCUGAAUCUGAAAGUCAGAUUGGGUGAAGAGAGAAAGGCCUAAAGCUGUGAGCCUGGGGCAAAGGCCAGGACUUAAAUGCACACAACUUUACCUUGCCACGUAAACUCAUAGAACAUGGAAAGAUUUAAAGAAAUGCAACUGUAUACAGUCUGAGGAUAUUUUUGCCACUAUUGGUACAGCUCGAAUAUCCUUAAAGAAAAACCAGUGGUACAUGUUUCCUUCUACAUCUCACAAACCAUUGCUAUCAUUCCAGCCACCACCAUCGGGUUUAAAUAAAUUAUGGAGUUAUUAGCCAUGCAAUGUCACAAUCAUCAUACACCAUUGAAAAUCACUGAUGACUAUAGGCUAUAGGAGACAAGAGCUCCCUCAUCCCGACCAUUACCGGUUGUCUGGAAACUGAAAACAUUGCAAAAAUGACUCAAC